AUGAUACCUGCACCCGCGAAAUUGGUCGGCGAUGAUCCGUUGCGUCAGUCCAGUUCUUCACACAUUACCGAACCACAAUUGCCGCAUCGCAGCGCAGGGAUGGGAGGAGGACAGAGUAGAAGAAGCCAAAGUAAGGAACAUUCUGAUGCGGGCGGCGUCAUCUGCCGGCCGGCCGCUGAUCGAUUGGCCCGAAGAAUCACAAAGCUUUGCUGUUUCGAAGGAUUGUGA